UAAAGGGACGGGUAGAGUGAGACAAAGCUAUUCACGCAUUUUCGCUAUAGCGUAAGGUGCAGAAUGGACCCCCUGGAAACGAAAUCGCCCCGACGCGAUCUCCCGUUAGAGCGUGCCUGUCCAGGCCGCCUCGGGCUGCCGCGAGCACUGGCGAACCGACGAGUGCGCGCGGCUUGCGGCAGCUUAAUCUUAUCUCGCCUCGAUGCCGUAUCGGUUACUUGGACCCGAUCGGGUGAUUACUUCGCUCGCGAAUGAUUCACUCAGUCGUGCACCAAAGCUGAAGCGCUCCGCGAAACGCGUUCUCUGCGCUGCCCAGUGCGACUUUCUACAAUGAAAUACUUUAAGAUACCCUUGCAAUUGUCAAUAUAUUUAGACAGAUUAGAUCUGGGGAGAUGAUGAUAGUAUUCGUUUACGACACUGCAAAGUGUUGUAAAGAGGAGGAUGACCCUGCCGAAGCAGUGCUGUACUUUCAUCCGGCUUGGGUGUCUCUCACGCAGCGACUGGCCCUGGCCGGACAGCUGAUGGGGGUGCAUCACUUCCUGACCACGUCGUUUUCAGCGCCGCGCUCUAUCACGUUGCAAGGCGGAAAGUUCGUGUUGAAGAAGUUCGGGCAGUAUGUAUUGGCAGUGGGGACUGACAGAAACAUACACGACUGGGUACUCGAGAGACGCGCCGACACCCUGGAAUCGUUGCUGAGAUUCUUCCACUGCGACCUUGUCCAAAUACUGGAGUCCCUCAACAACGAUCGUAAUAGAUUCACCGAGAAAUUGUAUCAGAUGUUCGAGACCUAUCUGCCAAUUCUUCAACAUAGUGCCAAUCUGUUCUCCAACAUUCCUGUUAUUAAGCUUCCCAAGAGUGCCAGCAACAUAUUUCUGGAAGGAAUGCAAGUGUUGCAGCAUUAUCAAGAAAUAAACGGCAUUUUGGGCGGCGCAUUGUUUUACAAUAACAAGAUAGUUUCAACACAGCUGGGAGCAGAUCUAACGAAACAAAUAGUCAUAACCGAUCCUUACAGGAUAAAGGCUCCUGCGGAAAGGAUAUCCACAGAAUUUCACUUGCCAAUCGGUGUUCAAUUGUUACAAGUGUACAUAGAGCGGAAGCAAUUCGCAAAAUUGAUGCGAGAGGCGAAUAACGAGCGGUACUACAAUUCGUGUCUAGAUACCGUGACCAAGAAAAUAUUACAGAGGAAAACCGUGUCUAAGACCGGCGUCAAGGAACCACCCAUCACGUCCGGCAUGAAGCGAGAUACGUCGAAGAUUUUCACGGUUCCCGAGGAAGGCGAACUGGACUCGACGAGUUACUCGUCAGCGCCACAAUAUGUGUCGUCUGUGCCGCUCGCGGUCAACCACGAGUCGCCGAUCAGGCGCAAGCAAGAAAACAAGUCGGAACGUUCCAAGGUUGGUGUCACUACGAAUCCGCUCACACCCAGUGUCUGCGCGACGCCGUUGAAAGACGUGGACCGAGUGUUGCACGGAAACGCCAUGCUCAUCUGCUCGUCCGAGAGCGGCGGUGAAAACGAGGGACACAGAGGCUCGUCGAAAAGCGACGACAACGACGACAUUCCCGACGUCGUCAAAGAGGCGCUCAGAUGCAAACGCCUGAACAAGCUGAGGAACGCUACCUCGAAGAAGAAACUGAUAAAGAGGAAAGAUCCCGACAGGAAGAGCAUGAGUCUACCAGACUUGACGUCAUCAAUUAAGCCACGUCUGAACGGUAUUCCUAAGACUCGUCAACUGGAGCUGGACAAAAUAUUGUCCAAAUUAAAUGAAGCCUCGCCGGACGACCGCGAUUCGAAUUCACCCCGGCGGAAGCUCACCAGAAGUAGUUUGCGUCACUCUCGUACCAUCGUCGAUCCCUGCUAUCCCGUCUUCCGAUACGAUGGUCUACCGGUCUCGCAAUCGUUGUACGAGCAAUACGUCGCCUCGCACUGCGAGGAACUGCGCGACAACGGCGACGACGUUCACGAGCGUCGUGGCGACGACGGCAAUCUGCAAUCGAGGAGUUUGCCGAGCGACCUGACGAGUGCGAAAUUACCGAUAAACAGCAGCCGGAACUCCAUCACGAAGGACUCUCGCGAAGAAUGCGCCAAGCCUGGGUAUGACAAGAGCAAGCAAGAAACGUAUAAGAGAUCGAUGAGUCUGCCGCUGAAACCGCUCAACAUUGUUGCCGAGGUGUCCAACGGUGACGAUCGGCGGAAAUCAACGUCGGAGUGCGGCGGUGCUGGAAACACGUUCGAGUUUCCGCAGAGACGGAAGCUGGACGGUUUGCAGUUGACGCCGCUGAUGUCGAAGCUGAGUCUACUGGCCGAUGAGCGAACCAGCGGUUUCUGCAGCCGCGAGACCACGCCGAGCGAAUUCCGCGAUCUGUCUGGAUUCUCCGGUGGCGCAACGGUCACCGCGACUACGGCAACGACGAAUCAGCUGAUCCGGCAAAAACUGGAGUCCGUCGAGAAGGAGGCGAGCGAUGGCGAGGAUGAGCUGGACGAGGAUUGGGUCAACAAGGACGAGCCCGCCGCUUGCCUCGUGAAGACUGAGCUCUUUCUCUGCGGCUAUCAGAACAUGGUGCUGGUGUUGCUGAUGGAGAACGGCACCGCGAACAAUCCGGAUUUGAUACAUGCUCUGUGGCAUACCUGCGUGAGCACGUUGGGUAAGCUCGAAUCGCGGUUGCAGCAGUGUCUGGAACCGAUGCCAUCCACGGAGAACAAAGAGUUGUACAGUAUUCUGAAUGUGGAUCCGCAGUGGGACACGGUGCAGCGUUCCGGACUUUGGGGCGUUACUGAGUUGGACAUCGUAUCUUGCCUUCACGACAGAUUUACGCAGGCCAGCAAUUUGACAGACAUUAUCGUCAGAACGGAAGACACGGUGGUUUAUGGUAACCAGAGCGGGGGAGUAGAAGUUUUCUACCAACAAGCGGUGGCACCGAGUGCUUUUGCGGCGCUUCCUACCCCAGCGGACCUGAUGGGGAUCGUGGCUCUCAAAGCGAAGCGUCGAUUGGAAAGAGACCACGGGAUCGUGUUACUGUAAAUCCAGAACUGGGCGUUACUUCUUUUUCUUUUCUGUCAGAAAAAAAGAGGAGGCUAAUGCAUACGUUCACAAUUUCGCUUAUUUGCUCUCGGCAAGAGAGAUUAUCAUAUUCAGUACAAGAGAGAAGAAUCGAACGUUAUUUUGACGGAAUAAUUUUAACAACGGAAGAUAUACGGUUUUUCUACGUGUAUUUUUGUAAUCUGUGAUUUUCCAACGUACCGAGGCGUAAUUCCAGGUGAAUCGGCUAUGAUCAAUGAGCUUUUAUAUACCGCUAUGGUGUACCUAUGCACUCCUAUCGUGUAAUAUGGGUCAAAAAAUUUUCUACUAUAGCGGAUCGUCGACCAACCAGUUUGUACUUGACCAUUUUCAUCAAUAAUGCAAGCCGAUAUGUCAUAGCAAAUGUUAUUUGUAUUAUACAUGUUAUUGUAUAUAAGAUGUCUUAGAAUCGACGGAAAGUAGAUAGCAUUAUUGUUCUUAAAAUUGGGAGGCAGUUCUGUCAGUAUAUCAUGAGGCAUAUCUCACUAGAUUCUGAUUUAUAGGUCAUUAGAAAUGAGAAGUCUUUCGGGAAUCAGGCUUCGAAAGUGAGGAUAAAUAAUGUAAUGUCGUUCGUAAUUUAAUUUUUCAAGCGAGCAAUUUUGCCCUCAAGAUUUUGGUUGGAUUGAUUACAAUUCGUUAUGAUUACUAUAAAAAUAGUUGCUCUGUUGUUUCAGAGUUACUAAGAAGUUAGAAUAUUGAUAAAGGAAACGGUUGAUUUCAAAUUUUGUGAGAACGACGCUUCAUUGAUUCUCGGACAUCCUGUAUAGAGUCGAUUUAUUGUACAUAUACAUAACGAGCCGUUAGUAACUUAUUUGUAUUUUAAUCAGUACGAUUUAGCCAGUCUCAGUUUUAUUAGAGGAUAGUUAAAGGUAUAUAUUCUCCAGGAAAAAAGACGGAAAUCAGUAUUCCGCAAACGCGCUGCGUCCAGUAUUUCUAGUCGCCCGAAUUGCUUUUGUAGGGGAAAAAUAGAGAUGGUAAUAUUGCAAGAAUCAUCUGCUCGACAUUGUCAAUUUUAAUGUAAAGAUAUUUUAUGCGCAACGUCAUCGCUAUCUCGGUGCCGAGUCCGUUUUUGUCUCGUAAUAUUUGCAUAAAAAUGUCGAUGAUCUCGAUGCAGAAAUCUUCCGCGAGACUAGUUUUUCGUGACAACGAUAUGCAAUACUUCCAAAUAUUUAUAUUAAGAUUAAUUUAUGCUAAUAUAUUGCGUACGAGAUUUCUGGCGAGCAGAGUUAAAUCAUGUUAUGUCAUUAUCUGAAUUCUCUAAUGACUUCUUCUCUGUGUCUGAUAGUCCAUGUGUUUUGUUUGCGAUGAAGUCUAAUAAAGCGAUUUAUCAUUCUUUACACAUGUA